CAAACCGAAAGCGUCGCGAACGCCUCUAUUGAAAUCACGUACUGUAAAUCGCGCGGAAGUGAAGUGCGGCCAAGGAUCAGGCUUCUAUAUCCUUUAUAUAGUGUGUGGCUAGUUCAAACCUCCGUUCUCAAGGCUCUUAAAUAGGUUCAUUUGCAGUAACCGGAAUAAACACAUCUAAUUUGGAUACAACGCGUAAUUGAGUUCUAAACGAAAGUGAAGAUGCCUUACCACCGACUGAGUAUUCUGGGCCUGUUGCUCCUCUCUUUGGCCUGCACCAAAGCCGACGUGGGCUAUCAUUACAACAGACCUACUAGACCCACAGCACCUUCGGCGCCUUCUGGACCUGGAUACACUGGUCACCAGUUCAGUGCCCUGCCCACCAUCCAUCCGCUGCCACCUAUUCCGGCACUUCCUCCACUUCCCACGGCCAGAGUUCCGAUUCCCAGGAGUCGUCCUACUGCUCCUGCCGCCAACAUCGUUAGUCAUUAUCUGCCGCCCAAGCCAGUGGUGUCCACCUAUAUUCCACCGCCAGCGGCAGCCCCUAUAUCAUCUAUAACUUUCCAUGGAACGCCCACUUUCAAGCCCAUUUAUGGGCCUCCACCACCAGCGAGGAUAACUCCGUCCAUUCCCACGAUUGCUACGCCUAUUGUGGUGCCACCCACUGGUCCAGCUCCCUUGCCCGAAGGCGGAAAUCUCCGCAUACCCUUCGGCAAGAAGGCCCUGAUUUCUCCCGGAGAGUCCUACGUGUCCAAUGGCAGACAGCUGAAGCAAUAUGCCGUCAUCGAGAUUAUAGACAACGAUAUAGACGAGACACCAUCUCCUUUCUUGGCGGGAUCCAGCUUCUUCGAUCGCUAUGGAGCACAUGUAGGUGCUCCCGCGGCGAACGGAAUCCAAAUAGAUUCUCGGGCCAACGCCCUGCUGCUGGAGCAACAGCAACUCUCCAUCCAGCCCAGAUCUCAGGGAGGAGUCCAAGGAGGAGACGCCAUUGCCCUGGGUUCGGGAGGACUGGGCUUUGUGCGCUUGCCCAACGGAAAUGUAUACCUGGGCUCCGGAUCGCUGGGUUACAUCAGUGGUCAACAGCGAGUGGCUUCUGUCCUGGAUGCACGCACCCGGUCGGAAUCCACUUCGGAUGCCCUGCACUUCGGUCAUGGUGCCUUGGGGGGAGUGGACAACCUGCUGAGAUUUAAGUAGAGAGGCUACCCUCCUUACCCACUCACACAUCCACAUCUAUAUCUAUUGAAAUAUGUAUAUUGUAUUGUAAAUAUGUAAUUAAAGCACCUUCUUGUUUGUGUAGACCGUAAGCUUGCUUAAACUAUUUGAGAUUCUUGUACAUUUGUCCUAUGCGAAACAUCGAAACUUGAUCAAAUAAAUACAAAUAUGGUUACAAA